CACAAAAACUCUGUUUAACCCUUAAUCUCUAAACUUUUCAAAUUUAAAUACAUAUUCCAGUCUUUUGAAAAACACUUAGAAUGACUAAAUCCUUCUUGGGAGCAUAUCUUCCUUCAGAUUUCCGUUUAUUUGCGGCUCUGAUGUAAACAUCACACUUUUACUGUGAAGGCACCACUCGGUAAUCUUCGUGCUUUCCCGCCGCCGCGCCGAUUGGCUCUGCUGCUCGCCGACGUCAUUGGGUUCCCCCUCGUCGUGUUCGUCUCGCUCCGCGCAUGCUCAGUCGCAUCAUCACACAGUCUGGAGCAGCAGCUUCGUCGCAGCAGCAGCAGCAGCAGCGGGACCAGAGGCUCCGUGCGCCGCUUUCCGCCGCCGCCACCGGACGAUUCAGAUGCUCUGGGUCCCUGAGUUCACCGGAGGUCGGCAGCCUCGGGGGGGUGUGAUGCUCUGCAGAGUCCGGCUCCAGUAAGGACGGCGGCCUCCAGCUGUUCCCCACAUCUGUGAGCAGCAGCCUGAUGUUCCCGCGGAGCUCCGAAUAACCGAAUAGCGUUUACAGAACCAGACCGGUCCAGGAUGGAGGGCGUCGCCGUGGACAACCUGAUAGAUUUUGACCUGCCGUCCGAGGCCUCGACUCUGAGCGUCGACGCCUCUCAGCACCAGGGACACGCCGACAUCUUCUCCCCGGAGCCGCCGCCGUCGUCCGCCGGGCUCCACCAGAAGCCGCUACUGCCGGAGCCGAUGGCGCCGACCAAGUCCCACCACCACCACCACCAUCACCAUCACCACGGAGACGACGGAGACAGCGACGCCACCGAGUCGGCGGACAGCGAGAACGACAUGGACCCACCGUCCCACGCCUGGGAGCUGCGGAGGUCGUCGUCCUCGUCCAACCACAGCGGGGAGGAGGCCGACGCCGAGGCGGUGGAGCGGAGGCAGUUCAUGAAGGCCUACGUGGAGAAGGUGUUCCACGGAAAGGAGGACUUUGACCAGGAGGAGAAGGCUCGAUUUGGAGAGCUGUGCGGCGGAGAGAACGGAAAAGGCCGGGAGUGGUUCGCCAAGUACGUCAGCGCUCAGCGCUGCCACUCCAAGUGUGUGAGCGAAGCCACCUUCUACCGGCUGGUCCAGUCGUUCGCUGUUGUUCUGUUUGAGUGUUACCAGAUGGACGACUACAGUCCGGCCAAAAACCUCAUGACCAUGUGCUUCACCUACUACUACAUCGGUAAAUCCCAGCCGUCGCCGUCGGAGCUGCUGGACCGCGGCGGUCCUCCGGCCGGCCUGGACUCGUACCUGAACAAGGCCAACUCCUGGCUGACGGGGAAGAAGGACGCCGCCGAGCGCCUCCUCAAGAACACGUCCAAGACCGACGUCAAGGGCUUCUUCGGAGGUCUGGAGAGCAAGCUGAGGAGCUCCAUGGCUGCAGAGGGUCCAGGGGAGGCCAAGCCCAAGUCUCCGGUGUCAGAGGCUCCGGAGGAAAAGAAAGGAGAGAAGGUUUACCUGUACACUCACCUGAAGCAGCAGCCCAUCUGGCACACGCUGAGGUUCUGGAACGCGGCGUUCUUCGACGCCGUCCACUGCGAGAGGAAGAAGAGAUCUCCGACCACCAGAAGGACGCAGGACGAGGACAAAGACGAGAGGGAGAAGUGGUGUCAUAUGACCCAGGAGGAGAGAGACGACAGCUCCAAAAUCGAUGAGAACAUCGCCUUCGGCCAGCUCGGGACGUUCACUCACAACAUGUUGGCGUUCGGCCUCAGCAAGAAACUCUGCAACGACUUCCUGAAGAAGCAGGCGGUUAUCGGGAACCUGAAUGAAGAACAGUACAAGCUGCUGACGGACCACAUAGAGAAGAUGGCGGCGGAGUGACCAGGAGGACGUCGGGCUGCGCAUCAACACACGACAAUCUGACAGCACACCACACAUCAGCGGUUUCCCUCCAACGGCUGAAAAACCAACCUGCUGUUCUGAACUGUGCCACAUCUGUAGCAGACAUCAGCACCGCGUCCUGAAAUCAGCAAUAAUACACCAACACGUCAGCAUCUGUACCGCCCGUGACCCGCUUCACAGCAACACCACAGUUACUAGCAGCAUGAAGCGAAGCCGUCCAGUCUCAAUGAGCAGCCUCCGUGUGGCUCUAUACAUUAUACCCAGAUGUUACGUAUCCUAUAUGCUGUUUAAAUCUGUGUUUCCUCGGUGAACAUAUUUAUUAUAAGUGUGGUGUGACACUGCCACACGGCAAUAAGAAUUCAAUGUGCUUUUACCUGCUGUUCAGGUGUUGUCAGGUCAGUUUUAAUGCCUAAAAACUCCCUUACACUCAUUUUCUUUUCUUUUCUUUUUUUUUGUCGCUUUAGCAUCACGUUUAGCAAACUCACAAAGCUCUGACAUAAUCAAACUUUAAUACUGACAUCUACUCUGCAUGCAUUCUCUUUAACAGAUCUGUAUCUAUUGUCUGUGAACUAAAUAUGAAGCAACAACUAUGGGACAGUUAGCUUAGCUUAGCUUAGCUUAGACAGAAACAGGGUAAAUGACUAACAAGCUAAUUAUAAUAAUGAGCAGUUUCUGCAGGGAUUAAACAAACAAGAUAUAGCAUGUUAAACCUCCGAUAGUCCUUAUGCUAAGCUAAUCUGUCUUCUGGCUGUAGUUUUACAUUUUUGCCACUUUUAUCCUGGCACACAUAUUUACAGUUUGGUGUUUUUAAGGGAGAAGAUUUCUUGUUUGAACCCUGCUAAUGUUUGUAAUCUAAGUAUAAAGUAACUGGAAGUGGACAGUUAGCUUAGCAUAGAGACGGAAACAGGGUAAAGAACUUGCCCUAGCAAGUUACAAUAAAGUAACUUCAAUGCCAGGGACUGUAUGCUAAGCUAAGCUAACUGUCUUCUGGCUGUAGCUUUGUAUGAAACAGAAAUUAAUAUCAGUCUUUUGGGUUUCAAUCACAGUUUGCCAUUUUUACCGUGGCACACGAUUACAAUUUUGUGUUUACUGAAAAGAAAACAAAUGAUUUUGAUGUCUGUACAACAAGAUGGUUAGCUUAGCUUAGCAUAGAAAUGGUAUCAGGGCGUAAACAGCUAGCUUAGCUCUGCUCAUUGGUGACAAAAUCCGUCUACCAUCAACCUCUAAAGCGUCUUCAUCAACACAAAUUUAGCUUGUAUAAGCCAUACAAAAAGCAAAAUACAAAAGUCACAAGUGACUUCAGUGCAAGUGAUAUGAUGCUAAGCUAAACUUGCAGUCCUCUGAAUGUAGCUUCAUAUAAAACAAUCAAUCUUUGGCUAAAUGUUCCAUUCCAUUUGUUUUCACUUGCCACACAUUUAUAGUUUAGUGAUUUUAUGUUGUUGUUUGGGAAUAAUGAUUCUUUGAAUCAUGUUCAUGCCUGUAAUCGAAACACAAAGCAACAGCGAGGCGAUUGUUAGCUUAGCUUAGCAUAAAGGCUGGAUAUAGAGGAAAACAGCUAGCCUGUUUUUUUCCAAAUCUUAACUGUCUUACCAGCACCUGAUUAGGACAUAUUAUGUUUGUUUAAUUAAUUAAAAAAGCAAAAUAGAAAAAUAAGAAGUGACUUUAUGCUAAGCUAAGCUAAUUGUCUUCUUGUUCUAGAUUCCUUUAUAUCAGUCAUUCCAAUGUUGAGCUACAGGUUUCAGUCCCACUUUCACUAUUUGAAAUCCGCCACACAUUUAUAUUUGACAGGUUUUUUUUGGCGUUUUGUGGGAGUAGAACAUAAUAUUUGACUCAUUCACAUGUGUGGAAAUUAAACAUGAAGCAGCAGCAAGGGGAUGGUUAGCUUAGCAUAGCAGGGAGACAAAGCAACUAGCCUAGCUCUGUCCACCUACCAGGACCUCACUGACUGACACAAAUUCUUCUUUUUUUUCUUUUUUAAUUUAUAUAAAAAGCAAAAUGUGAAAGUGACAAGAGAACUUAUGCUAAGCUAAGCUAACCAUCUUCUGAGUUAAGCUUCACAUAUUUCCAUCCCGUUUUUGCCACUUUAAACCUGCCACACUUCUACAAUUUUAGGUUUUUUUAAUCCAAAACUUUAUUGUUAUCUUGGGGAACAUUAGAGACUCCUCUUCCGUCCAAAGUGCCUUCCAUGGAAGUAAAAAUCCUCGUCUUUACCCUCCGAUGCCCGAACAAACACUAAUGCACUCUGUAACUCCGCCCCCUGCUGGUUAACUUCACCGCGUGGCCGUUUUGUGGUUUUAGUGACGGGUUUAAAUAGUGAUGCUAGCGGCGUAGCUGAGCAUGAAUCCUGCUGCAUGUGUGUCUAUCUCGCAUGUGCCAACAGCAUCAAACACGUGUAAAAGUGAGUGACUGAACUGUGUAGUUGUUGUGUUACUUAAUCCUGCCACUGCGGGGCAGCGUUGUGUUUCCAAUCCAAGCCUUUCUCAGUGGGAGUAUAUCGUGAACGCCAGGCUGAUGCACUCUCUGGCAGCUUGAUCCCCGUUUCAAACCGAUGUAAUCAAUGAAGUUAUCGUGUAAAUAUUGUAUAUUUCCGUGUGUGUCGUGCGAAUCGCCGCCGUUUGUUAAUCGUGGGUCUGUAAUUGUAGCUGUAGACGCAGUAGAUGUACCGGUGCAUCGUGACCUAGAUGUCUGACUGUAGUUUCAUCGCCUCUGUGCAGCGUUUGUGUAAAUGUAAAUGAUUCCUCUGGAGCUUCAUGCAGCGUUUUAACUGAUCCCUUUGCAUGAGCUCUGAGUUCGCGUCACGCCUUCCCGACAUGUUCUGAGACUCUGUGCAGAAUGAAGCAGUGUUUUAUUUCGUCAUGAUGACCAUCUUUAAACACUCCUCUGACCCAAA